CCCACCACCGCCUCCCCUGGGACGGCGCUUGUAGCGGCGGCGCCUUCCGUCCGCCGUCCUCGUCGCCGCUGCCCUCCUCUCGCUCCCUCCCCGGCCUGGGCCUGGCGCCAUGACUGAGCGGGCACCUGCCGGGCUCCCCGCGCGGCUCCUGCUGCUGCUCCUGCUGGUGCUGCUGCCGGGAUCACCGUCGUCGGCCGAGAUGAGGUCGCCGGCGGCCUCGGGCGUGGAGUCGCUGCUGGAGGAGUUCCGCCGCCAGCUGCAACAGGAGCAGGAUCCUCUGGGCGGCGGGCGCGGCCACGACCGGGCGGAGGCGGCAGGACGCUGCCGCGGGACAGGCAACCUCGCGGGCAGCGGCGGGAGCUUCUUCUCGACCAGGCCCGACUCUAUCAUCCGCACCAAGGACUCCAUCGCGGCCGGUGCCACCUUCCUGGGCUCGCCGGGCUCUGUGGCCGGCCUGCGGCAGUGCCUGGACGCCUGCUGCGCCGAACCGCGCUGCACCCUGGCCGUCUUGCAGCAGCAGCAGCCGUCACUCCGCUGCUAUCUCUUCAAUUGCACGCAUCGCGGGCGCUCUGUCUGCCUCUUCUCCCCGCAGCGCGGCUACCACAGCUACUCUCUGGAGCCCGGCAGCAGCAACCCUCCAGGCCUCGAAAAUGAUGAUGACCCUCCUGUCAGCAAAGCAGGGAAAGACAUUGUGCUUCAGUUGCCCGUUGACUGGGUUAUUCUUGAUGGCCGAGAAAGUUUUGAUGACCAUGGAAUCAUUCAGUAUGAAUGGACUUUGCUGCAAGGUGCCCCUUCAGUUGCUAUGAAGGAACCUCAACCAGGAACUGUGAAGCUCUUUCAUUUGCAAGAAGGAACCUACAUUUUGCAGCUGACUGUGACUGACACUGUGGGCCAGAGGAGCUCAGAUAAUGUCUCGGUGACAGUGAUUCCAAUGGUGCCCUCUGCAUUAGGUUGUAUGGGGGUUUGUUCACGCUACCAGUUCCUCUGUGAUGAUGGCUGCUGCAUCGAUAUCACAUACGCCUGCGAUGGAGAGGAGCAGUGUCCUGAUGGGUCUGAUGAGGUUUUUUGUCAGAAACUAAAUUCUGGACAGAAGUCGAUAACGCACACAGCCAUGAGCUCUAGCCAGCAACAUGCCAUGGGACUAAUUAAAGAUGGUGACAAGGAGCUCUCAUUAGAAAUCACCCAGAAACCUCCUGUAAGCCAUCGCAUACCUGACGCAGGCCAGACCAACCAAUCACCCUCUCAGGGAACAAAACCUGCUGGGGUUUUGCCAGUCUCUAGAACCUCAGGGAAAGAUACAGAUGCUAAGAAUGAAAAUGACAUUGUGAUACUAAAGGGCGCUCAGACUGCAAAGAGCCACCCAGUUCCAGAAACAGGUGCUGUUCUCCCGCUGGCUUUAGGGUUGGCCAUCACCGCUUUGCUGCUUCUCAUGGUAGCGUGCCGAUUGCACUUAGUGAGACAGAAACUGAAGAAAGCUCGGCCCAUUAUGUCUGAGGAAUCAGAUUACCUCAUAAAUGGGAUGUAUCUCUAAAGCAGGAUUCAGGUUGCUUCCUUGCCUUCCUCCAGCUUUCCUGAAACAGUGUGCCUCUUGCAUUAAAAAACAACAACAACUCAUGUUUAGAAGCUACCACCUUCAAAACAGUUAUUUUAAGAACUAUGGUAGAGUAGAUGUGUACAGUAUGGCUUCCUCUGCCACAGCUACAGGAGUAUCCUAUGCUUGGUGAAGGAGGCAAGUCUAUCAUGCUAUGCUCUGUGUCAGUUGCAAUCCCAGAGAAACACCUUACUGCCAUAUUUCAGGUG